CUCCCUCCUCUGUUACAUAACUCCACACUGACAGGAAAGUCAGUUUUCCUGCGCUCCUUUACAGAAGUGGUUUUUCCCCUUUUCCACAGCAUCUGUGUUUUACAGCUUACUAUGAUGAGUCUGAGAAUCGUUGUUGUCGUUCUGGCUGUGUUAACUGGGGUAACUGGGAGCCCCACUGUGACGGUCAGGCCUGAAGCUGACUCGGUGGACGUGACGGCUCAUCCAAACAGCGUACCAGAGGUAGAAGAGGAAAAUGAGAUCACUGGACAGGAAGUAUUAGUGGAUGAAGAGACUGAAGAGGUGAUGGCGACUGGAGAGCUGAACCCUAAUCACUACCCGGCUCGCAGGGCAGCCCAGGUGGUCCAGCACUACCUCAACACCCGCCACGGCUCUCCAUACAGGCUGUUCGGCAUGCAUGAAGUCCACAGCGGAAACGCAGAGGAUGUGGACUCUGGGAGAAAGUAUCAGCUGGAGAUUUCAGUGCGAGAGAGAAUCAGCAAUACUGCAGAGAAAUGCUCUGCGGAGGUUUUGUUUCCAAAGGGAGAACCACAGCGCUCGCCAGAGGUCCAGGCCUCGUGUGGGGAUCUCCGUACAAAUAACAGCAAAGCUCAAGAAGAGGCCUUAUACCAAAAGUACAAGGGGAGCCAAACACCGGUGUCUGCAGAAUAUCUACCUGACAGCCAUGGUCACAUUGAGCCCGACAUGGAGCCCUUCUGGCACCUCUGCACCGUGGCCUCCAGCUUCGUCAUGCUGAAUGAAUCCACUGAAAACACUGUGUACAACAUGGCUCAGGUGGCCAACAUCACUCAGCUGGCAAGUGAGAACGACCAGCUGAAGUUUGACUGUCACACACUUCUGCAUGAGAUGGUGUCACAGGAAAUCAUUCACUGGAAGCUGCUGUUCACCUGGUCUCCUCCAGAGGGAGUCAAAGUGCUGCAGAUGGAGCAGCUGCCGCACUGCCACGAGUGUCAAAAACCUCCACACACAAACUGAACUGCUGACAUCCAUCACACUGCUUUAACAACCAAAAACAACAUCUUGAUGUUCACACCUUGUAUUCAAAUAUUGGAGCAUAAAGGCUGCAAGCAGAAAGCCAUCACAUGUAAUGAUGACGUGCUUACAUGGUGCUGUGUUUGUAAUACUUUUGGUUGCUGUUGUAUUUUAGCCAAAAUAAACUGUUUAUACAGACUGUUGCCUCA